AUGAAGUUCGCUCUCGCCCUCUGCGCUGCUGCCGCUCUCACCGUCUCAGCCGUCCCUAUCGCCGAAGCAGGUCUUGGCAGUGGACUCGGUGGUGCUCUCAGCGGUAUUGGAAAUGGCGCCGGAAAUGGCGUCUCUGGUAUCGGCAACGGAGCAGGCGACGGUGUUUCUGGCAUCGGACAGGGUGCAGGCUCUGGAGUUUCGGGUGUUGGCCAAGGAGCUGGAUCUGGAGUCUCUGGAGUCGGUCAGGGAGCCGGCUCAGGUGUCUCGAAGCGUGGUAUCGGCAGCGGCACCGGCUCAGGCGUGUCCGGUAUUGGCCAAGGAGCAGGUUCAGGUGUUUCUGGCGUAGGCCAAGGAACAGGUUCGGGUGUCUCUGGCAUUGGCCAGGGAGCAGGCUCAGGUGUUUUUGGCAUUGGACAAGGCACCGGCUCGGGCGUCUCUGGCAUUGGCCAGGGCACUGGAAACGGUGUUGCAGGCAUCGGCGGCGGUCUAGGCGGUGCUCUCAGCAGACGCACCAAGCGCGGUUUGGGCAGCGGUCUUGGAAGCAGCGUCAACGGCAUCGGGCAAGGCUCUGGAAACGGCAUCGGUGGGAUUGGACUGGGAGCCGGCAAUGGAGUUUCUGGAACUGGUCAAGGUGCUGGUAAUGCCGCUGGCAAUAUCGGUGGCGGUCUCGGUGCUGGCAUCGCGUAG